AUGUCCGUCGAUCUGCCAGCUGAUCGCCUCGAGCUUGACGCCCUUCGUGACAAGGUCGCCAUCAUUUCUGACGAGAACAAAUAUCUCAACGAGCAAAAUGACAACCUUAUCGAAAACAAUGGCCACCUCGCCAUUGAUAACGACGAAUUGAAGAAGAAGCUCGCCUUGGCAGAGGAGCGGGCGGAGAAAUACUUCGACUUCUGGCGCUCCGCGGAGGAGGAACUUACGAAGCAGUUGGAGCUCAAUGAGGAGCUCAAGCAACAGCUUGAGGCCGCUAAGGCGGGGGAACCUGAAGCCAAAGAAAGCUCCAACUAG